GACGGCAUUUAAAAUCGAGUUCGCUGUUUGUUUUGGUCUGAAACCGUUUUGGUCUGAAAUUGUUCUCGUGGUCUUUGUAGUAAAGCGUUUUAUUGGUUUAUAUUAACAUUAGCUAACCUAGCUAUCUCCUCAAUGCUAGCUAGCUAAACAGAACGCGACAUUUUCCGUCGGCCGAGUCUUAAAGCUGUACCUACUGAUUCACUGUCAUGGUUACGCGAUUUAUUUAAUGUCAUCUGAUUAAACUGUCGUGAUUAAGGAUUAUUAAUUGAUUGGUAGGAAUUCUGUGUAUGUGGUGUUUAUUAUUGUUCCUGCACGAGCAGGUUAGCUAGACCGAGCUAGCGACAAUGUUUUGUAGCUAACUAGCAUAGUCUCUUCAGAUUAAAUAUAUAUUUGACUAGUGCUUAUUAAUCAAAAGUGUCGCGUCGUUUAGGGAUUCGUAUCGGCUAAAACUUGCACAUUUCUUAGCCUGGGUUGAUUAUUUAGUGUAUAAUAUCUACCGGGGAUCCAUUUUGAUCACAUUUUACACCCAUUGCAUUAAAGCUCAUACGUGAUAUUUUGUUUUAGCUCUUUCUUAGUGACCUUUCCACCCAUAGAGGCUGCUGGUAAAGCAGAAUCAAAACAUAGCUAGUCGUAAAAUGGCGGUUAAUUAGAUUUAACUUGACACGUUUGAUACUAAACGUUAGAUUAAAUUCGUUCAACUUUCAUAUCGGUUGAUUGUAAUCUUUAAUAAAGCCACAGACCGCCACUGUGUAAACAUCAUCAUCAUCAUCAUCAUCAUCAUAGGCUUUGCUUGCUAGGAGCUAGGAAAGAUGAUCCGAUUCAGGUUUUCUCUCCCUGCUCAUUGUUGUGUACGUUUCGUGUGGUGUCGUCUGUCAGUGCCAGAGCCACUUGAAGCUGUUUCCAAUGCAACAGGAGCCAUGUAUACAGGAUCACUGUGUUCAUAGUGAUGCACACACACACACACACACACACACACAAGUGGCCUUUCAGAAUUGCACCAAGUCAUCUCACAUUGUUUUAGAUGCCCACGUGGAAGCGGGGAAGAUAGUUAUAAUCCCAUCAGUAACACAAUGACUUUAAGUUUAGCUCCACUGUUGGAUCAGAUUUUUUAUUUUAUUUUUUUUUUUAUAAGUGUUCAUAAUAACUAGUCUUGUACUGCAUAAAAAGACAGAAGGAAUAAUUUUUUUAUAUACAUGUUUCUGUCCUCUCUUCCUUUAGGUACUGUAUAUGCAUUGAUUGAGAUUUGAUGCCAUUCUGUAGGUGAUAAAAAUCGAGAAACAUGACCUGGGGAAAUUUUAAGCACCCAAGAAUACAGUGUAGUUGAGGAAUGUGUGAGUAAAGGGAAGUUUCCUCACGUGGGCACAGUAACAUUUGCAUAAAAGCUCACAUCACGUGUGGCACUGAGCUCAAGCAUCCGGGGUGAGAGCCCUUUCAUGGUCAAAAGGCACAGAAUUGUCAUACAUGUUGUGGGAUUAAUUAGGCAACAAACCUAUGGAGGUCAUUGAAAUGUUUUAGUUGUUAAUGGAAUGUUUUUGCAAGUAAUUAUUGUCUUAUUUUUUCAUUUAAACUACGCCAUGGGUACAGUAUGUAGCUAAGGUGAAGGUUUGGGUUACAUACAAUUUUAGAGUAUGGAAAAGAAAGAAUAUAGAAGGAAAUAAGGUCAGAGGUGAUAGUGUUGGAAGGGAAGGGUAAAAAAAGUGUAGAUACUGUAAUUCCAAAGUCUAGCUGCCACAUCACCUAAUGAUCUGCAUGCUACAUUAGCUAGUCAGGUCUCAAGCUCUUUGUGUACUUUAAACAGAAAAGACAUAUUUUGUGCAAGAAAGACAGGACAGUUUGAGUUCAUAUUGGAGUUCAAACAGAACUGAGGUUUGAUCUGAAUUGACUCAGCCAACAGAUGGGACUUUAAAGAGGGAACACCCACAGCAGCCAUUUUGAGGGUCACUAGAAACUGAAAUGACAUAAUGCCUUUUCUUUUAGGGGCGUUGUUACUGGCUAUUUUCAAAAAGUUCAGCUGGUGGACACUUGCUACCUUGGAAACAGCCCUCAGCUUGUGCAUUUGUGUUUGCAUUUCAAUUUGCAUUUGUUUGCAUUAAAAUUUCUGACGAAAACUAGGUGGCAACAUAGGUAAAUUAUCUCGGGCAAGUCUGUUUGUUACUUGAGCGCAGUACUGAUUUUUUUUUUAUUUUAUUUUUUUUUUUUUUACGUCAGCAAAAGAAGAACGCUUUUUUUGAAAGAAUACUAAAGCCCAUAAAAGGAGAAGAGCAUAAUCCUGAUGACUUUAGCAUGGGCCCCAACCAAAACAUUGCAUUUUGUUCUGAGACUCUAUCUCUAUCUAAGGUCCAAGUUGUAGUUGUUACAAAUUAAUUUCUAGGGCAGGAAUUUACAGGUAUUAUAACUAUACCAUUGAUAAAACUGUCAAUUUUGGAGAGCAUUUUAAUAGAUAAAUUCUCAGAGGCAGACUACAUGGCAGCGGCUCAGUAUUGCAGGAAAACCUGGCAGCCUUGAUCAAACAGUGUAUGUUUGUUGUUUGGCAUUCUCACUACAAAUAUAAUGUUUUCUGGAAUCACCUCCACAAGUGAUCUGAAAAAUGCUCUUACAUUUACACUCUAACGAUUUAGGACUUUUCAUGUGUGAGUACAAAAAACAAAUAUUAACACCAAUUUUGACAAGUCUGUGAUCUGUGGUCCAAGAAGAGAUUAUCUUUUAAUGCCUUGAUGUUAGUUUAGCUCACAGCACCUUCAAAGCCAUUCUGAGCCCUGAGCAGUGCAGUGUCCUAACUUCUUUUUGAAUAUACUUAUGACACGUGAAGUAUUUGGAUACCUUUAGGGCAGACCGGUAAAGCCAUGUUGAGAAUCAUCAUCCUAUGAGACAUGGGUGUAAAGGUAUAAAAGCUUAGUAGCAGUAAGAAGAGUAGGACUAUGCAGAGCUUUACCUGUAGGGAGGAGUAGGCUGGUUUGUACUUUUUCUUUCAGGAUGAUGCAGUAGCACAUUGUAUCUGACAGAGCACCUGUGUAAUGUGAGUUGAGUGCUUUGUGUGUGGACUCCAGUAGCAGCAUGAACUAGUUGCAGUUUUUUAUUUACAGAGGCCUAAAAAUAUCUGGCCAUGGGUGACACAGAGCUGGAGCUCUCCACUUCCCAUUUGGAGGAGCUGCAGAAGAGUCCAUCAGCCUCAUCCACCUCCACUACCUCAUCUCUCUCCCUGCCCUCAUCGCCAUCCUCUGGCCCACGUCUGCUGAACAGUUCUAGCCCCAGUGCCAGUGAAGGCCUGCCUGCUUCUAGCCCACCCCUGGAUGUAAUAUCAGAGGGUGUCGGUGAACUGAGUCUGGUUAUAGAUACUGAGGUAGCCAAGAUAGCCUGCCAGGAGGUGCUACAGAAGGUGAAAAUCUUUAAAAGUGAUGAAGAUACAGCUUUGCCCUCUGAAGAACCACAUCUGGUGAAUGGAACUGAACACACCAAGCCCUUAAAUGGGGAUGGUACAGCAUCAGGCAAGCCUCCGAAGAUCACAGAGGAGGAAGAGGUGCCAGCAGUGGGCACAGUAAAAAGCGUACGCCGGCGUCACAAGAACAACUCAUCCAAACAGUCAUGGCUUCUGCGCCUGUUCGAAUCCAAACUGUUUGACAUUUCCAUGGCCAUCUCGUACCUAUACAACUCAAAGGAGCCCGGUGUGCAGGCCUACAUUGGCAAUCGCCUUUUCAGUUUCAGAGAUGAGGAUGUGGACUUUUACCUGCCACAGCUGCUCAACAUGUACAUCCACAUGGAUGAGGACGUGGGUGAUGCCAUUAAGCCAUACGUGGUGCACCGCUGCCGCCAGAGCAUCAGCUUCUCGCUGCAGUGCGCCUGGCUGCUCGGCGCUUACUCAUCUGAUAUGCACAUUUCCACGCAGAGGCAUUCACGUGGCACAAAACUGCGUAGACUUAUCCUGUCUGACGAGCUAAAGCCAACCGGUCAGCGUGCUCGCCUCCACCAGCAGCAGCAGCAGCAGCAGCAGCAGAACCACAUCCUUGGCUCAAACAUGAGCGAGCAUAGCCUCUCACCCUCAAAGCGCACUCACCAACGCUCCAAAUCUGAUGCCACCGUCAGCAUCAGCCUCAGCAGCAACCUCAAAAGGACAGCUAGCAACCCGAAAGUAGAAAGCAGUCAGGAUGAGGACAUGAGCUCCAGCUCCGACAGUCUUGAGUUGGAGGCUGGUACCCCCGUACGUCUGACCCCUCAGCGUGAGUUCAUUAAGUCUCUGAUGGGCAUUGGGAAAAGACUGGCCACUCUGCCUACCAAGGAGCAGAAGACACAGAGACUCAUCUCUGAGCUCUCACUGCUUAACCACAAGCUGCCAGCACGUGUGUGGCUGCCCACUGCAGCAUUUGACCACCAUGUGGUGCGAGUUCCUCAUACACAGGCUGUUGUGCUCAACUCAAAAGACAAGGCACCAUACCUAAUCUAUGUGGAAGUUCUUGAGUGUGAAAACUUCGAGACAUCGAGUGUACCAGUGAGGAUUCCGGAAACACGAAUCCGCAGCACACGAUCAGUGGAGAAUCUCCCAGAUUGUGGUAUCACGGCCGAGCAGCGUGCCAGCAGCUUCUCUACUGUUCCAAAUUAUGACAACGAUGAUGAGGCCUGGUCCGUAGACGAUAUUGGAGAGCUCCAGGUCGAGCUUCCUGAGAUCCACACUAACAGCUGUGACAACAUCUCCCAGUUCUCAGUCGAUAGCAUCACCAGCCAGGAAAGCAAAGAGCCCAUUUUUAUUGCUGCUGGAGAUAUCAGGCGGCGCCUCUCUGAGCAGCUAGCCCACACACCUACCACGUUUAAGAAGGACCCAGAAGAUCCCUCAGCAGUAGCAUUAAAAGAGCCCUGGCAGGAGAAGGUUAGACGCAUCCGGGAGGGCUCUCCGUAUGGGCAUCUGCCUAACUGGCGUCUCCUCUCAGUCAUAGUGAAAUGUGGUGAUGAUCUAAGACAGGAGCUUCUUGCCUUUCAAGUCUUGAAGCAACUACAGAUCAUCUGGGAGCAGGAGCGUGUUCCUCUGUGGAUUAAACCCUAUAAGAUCCUGGUCAUCUCUUCUGAUAGUGGGAUGAUUGAGCCAGUGGUGAAUGCCGUGUCUAUUCAUCAAGUGAAGAAGCAGAGUCAGCUCUCACUGCUCGACUACUUCCUGCAAGAGCAUGGCAACUACACUACAGAGGCCUUCCUCACUGCACAGCGCAACUUUGUGCAGAGCUGUGCAGGCUACUGUCUCAUCUGCUACCUUCUGCAGGUUAAGGACAGGCACAACGGAAACAUUCUGCUCGACUCUGAGGGUCAUAUUAUUCACAUUGACUUUGGCUUCAUUUUGUCAAGCUCUCCAAGAAACCUCGGUUUUGAGACUUCUGCCUUCAAACUGACCAACGAGUUUGUAGAUGUCAUGGGUGGUCAGGAUGGAGAUAUGUUCAACUAUUACAAGAUGCUCAUGCUUCAGGGUCUCAUUGCUGCACGCAAACACAUGGAGAAAGUCAUCCAGAUUGUGGAGAUCAUGCAACAAGGAUCCCAGCUGCCCUGCUUUCAUGGCUCCAGCACCAUCCGUAACCUGAAGGAGCGAUUUCACAUGAGCCUGACAGAGGAGCAGCUGCAGGUGUUGGUAGAGCAAAUGGUAGAUGGCUCCAUGCGCUCCAUCACCACAAAGUUGUACGACGGCUUUCAGUACCUCACCAACGGCAUCAUGUGAAUGUGGUGUGAGAGAAGACUCGAACAUUAUGACUAGGGAAAAACUACACUGCUUUCAUAGGCCACUCCCAUGCCCUUUUGCAAUUUUUUGUUUUCAACAUUCUAGUGUGUUUGUACACCAGGACUGAGGUUUUGAUUAUGGAUUUUAUACCCUCUCAAGAGGGCUCAGCUGUGAAAUUUUGCUUUGUCUUUUUUCCUCGAGUCCCUUCCCUCAGUUUUAAUGCUUAUUCCUUUCCUCAAAUCACAUUGUUUCUCUUGGAAUCUGGGAUGAUUUAUCCACUAUCCUAGUGCCUCCAUUGACUGCGCUCAGAUUCCAACCUCUUUUGUGUUUCUUAACUGUGCUGUGUAUAAGCUUUCUUAGAUUCUCAUGUUUAUGUUCUCACGUAAACACCCUACAGCUUUCGCUCCUACACAUAGUCCCUGCAGAGACAACUCAACAGUGCACAGAGUCCUGUGUUGAGUGAUGCACAUUGUGUAAUAUGGGGGAAAGCGCUAUAAACAGCACACAGUCAUCAGUGGGUUUUGUCUGAUCAGUGUUAUUUUAGCUGCAGUUUGAGAGAAGCAAACACUUCUUUUAAAUCUACAUAAAAAAUGUUAAGCUUGCUGUUGUUGGUUGAGAGACUCUUAAAAAUUGGCCUCACAAAGAGCCACUAAUUGUUUCAUUAAAGCCUUUAAUUUAGCUUUAUUUGACAUUUAAUACACACCUGCUGUCCAACUUGCCAGGUUCCAGAUUGCCACUAUACUUUCAGCUUCAGAGAGGUGAAAACCCCCUGAUGCUAUAUGCUAAACUUUUGACAUUUGACUUAAAAAGAAGAGAUUAAUUAAGACACAUUCUAGCCAUAGUAAGUAUUAAAGUGUGACAUGACAGAGCAAGAGUCAAAACACUAUUUAUUGCUUAUUUACAUUUACUUGCAUUCUCAUAUACAAGGAUGGCUGACUUUUUAUUUUAUUUUAUUUUUUUUUUCCUUUUUUUGAGCAGAAAUAUGAUUCCUUAGUGUGUACAAAUGUACAUAAUAUAAAAUUUAAAGUUCAAUAUGUACAUGGACUUUUUUCUUAUCAGAAUGAUGGGGAGCUGUGCUGAAAUAACUUGCCUACUGAGUAGCUGAGUUACAUGAGAGUUUCAUGAGAUGUCACCAAUCUGUGUGAGACUGAAACUAGUGUACAUUGACCAGGUCAUAAGAAAAACAAAAACCUAAAAACAAAUUGAACAUUUAGUUUCACAUCAUUAUUAAAUGCCACUACCUACACACAUUUAAAAGGUGAUGAUGAUUAUUAUUAAUAAUAAUAUUAUUUUAGAGACUUGACCUGAGUUUUCCAUUAACAAGAUCUGUUCCUUCUUUCUGUAGAAUCGGUUUUAAUUCACUUUUUCUUUUACUGCAAGUCUCACUGUUGUGAAUUAUUCAAACAUAUUUGACUAAGCCAUUUAGGAGUCUAUUCAACUGUCUGCAUAUUUUAAUCUUCUGUUUGUUUUUGUGUUUUUUUGCUUUCUUUGUAACAUGUUUGAUGGACCAUCUCUCACGAUCAUGUGAAUGACCUCCCCUUACUUGUGAAUGUUUCUUUGUAUAAUAAAUUAAAUGUAUCUGUUUCA